CUGCUCUAGAACGUUGUUGCACUUGGUAGGACCCGUCAAGUCUCGUGUGUGAAAUGUUGUGCCGUAUACUUAAACGACCAUUUCCGUGACUAGCGAAACAACUGUAGUAGUGUGUGGUGAAUCUCCGAGUCUCCACAUUCGCUCAUUUCCUCCAGAGAGCCACUAUAGCACAUCGAAAAACUGUAUCAUACACAGCUCACGAGAUGCAAAUGGGAACGAACAACUGCUGCGAUGUAGAACUUCACGCACUGCCUUCUUGCUACGAUGACGACGACGAUGGCCACAACCAGAACGUCCUACCCAUAGCGACCGACCGACCGUUCAAUGUUUGUAAAUACAUGCUCAUAAAAAUCAGUUAGCGCUAAACCAGCAGCAAGCAAGCAACAUAUGGGACAGGGUAGGGGUGUUUAUGUGUGCGCGAAAAUUUCUCGCGAAAAGUGCCUCUAGCAGGCCUGUGUGCCGCACCGUGCCGGGACCGAACGAAUUCUCGCGCACUUAGUCGCCGUUUGAGAUUUGAACCGUGCGUCGUCGUCGUCGCGAGUUUCGUUCGGACAAAAGAAAGUUCUAUACCUUUGUCGUGCCAAUCGGGUGCAAGAUGAAAAUGGAUUCAUACGAAUCGGCCGAUUCGGUGACGUAAUCAAUAACCGUUAAUUACCGAGAGUUGAAAGGUGAAUAAUCCGCGUAAUUGGUUCGAAUCCGGUCACUUCGGCUAAAUCUGAAGAUUGAUUGUGGUGAAAGUGUUGUUAUUGACUAAACGGACGACAGAAGGCUGUGGAUAUUUAUUUAUAGAAAUGAAAUGAAGAAAUUAUUAUAACGCAACGCACCCACACACACACACACCGAACCGAGCGAGCUGAGCUGAGCUGAGCUGAACUGAGUGUUUUUUUUUUCAUCCUUGGGGAAAUCAGUGUCCCCAUCCAUCAUUGGUGUCGUAUGAUUCUUCGUCGUCAAAGCGAAUCUUUGUGUUCUUAAUUUGAAAAAGUGCCAGUGCAACCCAGUUACAGUUACAGUUGGCCGGCCUAUAAGCAAUGGGCUCAAGUGUAUGAAACGUAGCAUAAAUGUCUAUGUCAGAGAAGGGAAAUGAAUAAGAGACGGAGACGUUCUAGAAUGUGAAAACAACGUCGGGCGACGAUAAUGAACGACUCUGAUUUGUCACUGAAGAAUACAUAGCUUGAUGUACAUAUGUUGAGUGAAUCAUCUCAGUCGAAGUUGAAAAAUUCCCUCGCGAAGAAGGUGCGCGAUUUUCUUGCGGAAGAAAAACAAUAGAAAACAUGUGAAUUAGUGUCGCGAGUUCUAAGAAGGGAGCAGAUUCGGAAAAUACACAAUACAACAGUGCCCACCCAACCCCAAAUGCUCCUGUGUUUGUUUGUGUUUCUGUGGAAAAUCCUACGAAAUAUGUCCACCAUAUCGGCUACGAUACAGCAAGAGCAGCAACUGGAACUGCUACGGGCGCAGUUGGUAGAACAUCAGCGACGCAAGUUGCAACAGUUGCGACAACGUGGUGCCGGUGGAAAUUAUCAAAAACUUCGAAAACUGUGUCGUGAUAAGACGGCCGUAGCCGCGACAACGACGGCAAAAACAGCAGCUACCAAAGAAAACUUUCUGUUGCAUAAAUUUCUGUUCGGGUUGGAGGCGGUAGCGGAGAACGGUGGGUCGGUGAAAGGUGACGGAACGGGCGCUAAUGGUGACUGUGAUAAAAUGGAUUACUUCAGUGAUAAAGAUCUUAAAUUUCUUCGUAUGUCAGAGUACCCAAACCGUCAACAGCAGCAGGGGAAGUUUGUGUUGUCACAGCAGAAUCAGUCCCUCCUGAAUCAUCGUAAUCAUAGUCAUCAUAACCAUCCGCAGCAGCAGCAACAGCCCGCAGGUCGUCCGCUACUCAGCAAGCAAAACUCACCCAUCCGUCGUCCAUUGACUUGCAACGCAAACUUCUGGCCCAACGGCAACAACAACAACAACUGCAACAGCAACAACAAUGUCCAUACAACUACGCCAACGGGAGCGUACGGUUGCUUUGGGGCACCCGGCAGCGGUGGCGGUAUCAACGGGGGCACGAGCACUGGUAGCCCACCGGGCCGUGACAGUCUGUUGAACGACGAAAACCUCAAAUCGAACGUACAGAUUGUGCUGGACAAUAUCAGUCGAAAUUAUCAUGCCCUGCGGGAGCAAAUAUUGAGCAACAGUAUUCAAAAUAACAUCAACAACAAUAACUGCAUCGACAGCAAAGGUUGUACCGUCAAUCCUCACUUAGUGCUACUGCAGCGGCUGCAGAGCGUUAGCCAGCAGUUGAAGAGGACGGCAGGUGUUGGACAGCAGCAGUACCAGCAGGGCGUCGUCGGUUGCGGAAAGAUGGCAGCCACCAGUCCCGAUUCGGACACCAACUGCAACCCGUACAUGCCGCCGUUGAGCUGCUCGAUAGCUUCCUCGCAGGACUUCAGCCAUGACUACUCGGACUAUCAGUGGUUCAUGGAUUACGGAAGCUACCGCGAUGGCAUCACCCACCAGAGCAUUCUGUCGGCUCUGUCCGCCUCGUACAAUGGCAUCGGCGAGCUAUCGUACUACGAGGACCUUGCCAAGAACAUCGACGCCAACCUGGCCGAGGUGGACAUGGAGAGCUUCCGCGCCGAGGACAUCCAUUCGUUGCUCACGACGUUGCCGACGCUGUGCAGCGAAAGUGCCGAACUGCGCCGCAACCGGAACAACAACCGGGGUGACCUAAUCCUGGACACGUGGACCGAUGCCUCCGAUGGUCAUCACGGUGGAGGGGUUGGAGGCAUGGCCGGGAUCACGACGGUGGCCGAUUUGGAGAACUCGAUCUGCAAGUCGAAGCUGCUGUUUUCGCCGGUGAAGGAAUCGCACAUCAGUGUGGAUUCGCUGGACAUGGACGGCUAUCCGGAUGAGGACGAUAUUAUACUGACGUGCCAGGCGAAUAAGAAUAAUUACACGAUCGCGUUCGAGCAGAGCGCGCUCUACUCGGAUGAGAGCUUUUAUGACGGUCCAGAGAACUAUGCCAAAUAUAAGCAUUUCAAUGUGAUCAGCAACUUGGACCACAUCAUCAGGAGAAAGGCUCAGGAAACGGCGAUGUCCGUUUCGGAAGUGGGUUAUACCACUUGGAGUAAGCUCAGGAAAAAUGGACCGGGACAGAGACUUCCAAUGGCGGUGACAAAUCCGUUGAUCAAUCACAUUUCCCGGCACGCGCCGACCUGCUUCGUACGGAAGAGUUUGAGCAUGCCAGAUCUGAAGGGAAAGUGUGAUGGUACCGAGACAGAUCAUCAUUCCGACGAGGUAGAUCAUUGCGCCGAAACGACGGCAACGGAACGAUUGCAUAAGGAACAGCACAGCAGGCAUCAGCUGAACGUAUCGCAAGCGGCCAACUCCGGAACCACAUCCGGGGAAUCGUUCGGGAAGCAGAUGCGAACACUGCUACCAAUGUAUCCGGUGCCAUCGGAUUCCGGCAGCGAGAGUUCCGUUCCUCUGAAGGACACCAACUUAGACAAUAAUGAUGAGCAGACCCAGCAUCAACCGUCGUUCAACCUGGUGAAGCUAUUCAUCAAACAGAAGAGCAGUUCGACGGACACCUGCAUGGAUGUUUCGUCCGGUUGUUGGCCGAGUGAUUCCACCAACAGUGCUUCCGGCGGAGAGAACAACAACAACAGUAACACCAACUUGGCCGUGGCCAGUUCGAAGGAUCGCUGUCGGAAGAAGAGUAUGAACGAUUCGGGCAAGUGUUCCAACCUGGGAAGGCACGACGAGGAGGAGUUUCAGUUCGACAGUCUGGAUGCACAAAUCAACAACAAUAACAACAACGAUGGGACAGCGACAGCCGAUGGAGACGAAAGGCAGGAACGGACCAGGCUGAAUGACUUCAACUCUCCGGUCCACAAGCGGAACUACAAGGCGUACAAUCUGAACAUCGCCAAUAAGAACCUUCCGGCCGUGAAUCCGGUGGUGUACAAUCUGAUGAAUAACAACAACAGCGCCGGCAGCAACGCCAGCAGCGGAAGCAAUCAGAGCAGCAACAGUAUUAACAAUAACAAUAAUAACAACAAUAGCUUUAAGGAUACCAACUCGGAUGCUAGUCGUACGUCGGAAAAUCUGACGCAAAUCUUUAACAACAACAGUGGCAACAACAACAGCAGCGGCAACGAGGCCGCUUCCGGUGGUGCCAAGACGAAGGUACCGAUCGAGAUGAUUACCAAGUCGAUGCAGACGUCGUUCAUCGGGGCCAAGGAGAAGGUCCGCGUGGUGCCACCGUCAUUCCUGGAGCACCUGAACAAGCUCGGCGACAAACAGAAGGCGCCGGUUUUCGUCGUGUACCCGAACUACGUCCUACCGGACCUGGGCUUCCUCAAAUCGCAGAACGAUGUGGUCAUUUCGCCGCUCUCGUUCAAGGAGAACUUUGCCUCGCGGUCACAUCUCCGCAAGUCGCGUCCCGUGUCGAUGAACGACAUCGAGAACCUCAAGGCCAAGGAGUACAAGCACGUGCUGGACUGGAAGUCGUUGAUCACGCUGCUGCCGCAGGAAUACCGCAAGCUACUGAGGAACGUCCCGGAGGCGAAUGCUUGCAGCGUGGCGGAGGAAAACGCUCCGCAGAAGCCACUGUUCUGUAUGACUCCGCCCUUGCGGAGAGGUCGGGGCGUUACCUGUGAUUGCGUGAACAUUCUCAACACGCAGACCUACAAUAGCUCCAGUUCCGGAGGAAGUUCUAGUCAGCCGCCCAGUUCGGGCUAUCGCGGAUCGUCUACGAUGUUAACGGAUUCCGAGAUGGACCUGUUGGGACCGAGCGGAAGCGGCAAUAACCUCUACGUCUACCAGUACGACAGCCCGGCAGAAGUGACAUCCGCGGAAAGGCCACCAUCGGGACGGGUCGCCCCUAAGGGUAUCCUCAGGAGAACUUCCGUUCAGAGGACUUCAGCCAAGGCCAAGCGCAAUAGCAUGUUUGAGGCGGAUCACAAAUCCGGCCAGAGUAUGGAAAAACGACGGUCCCUACAGGAACCGUGCUGCAAUUUCUCGGAGGAAAAUUUGAUCUUGGAGGAUUCGAUUAACGAAAUCCCGGAUAGCGGUACUCGUAAAGUGAACAACUCCCCCAACAUGUCCCAGCAUCAAGCUCGUCUUCCCAAUACUCCCAAACUACCAUCGGCCGACGAUUAUCAUCGGUUGAACAAACUUAACGAAAUGAAUGAUCUCGAACUGAACAAAGCUGUCAGCAGCAAACUGAACCGGGCUCAGCAGCAGCAAAGCCUGGAAGAUGACCUAGAAGCCCGCAUGCGUGCCGAGCACUUCCUUUCCAACGUCCCGAAAUCGGAACUGAAACAUUACGCCGAGCUGGCCCACUUCCUGGAAGCGACCACCGGGGAAAGUACCACCGUAGCACAGUCGGAAGAGGUGUACGACCGCCAAAGGCUAAGGCACGAAGUCAGCCGCGCUUUGGCUCAACGGAAAAAUGUAUCCUUCAAUCAACCUCCAGCCCCAGGUCCGGUCAACACCACUCCCGUCCGCCAGCAAGCUCACCUGCUCCGGCCAACGGAGAUCAAGUUCACGACUCCUCCGAACUCGCCGAACAUGUCCGUUACGAUGGCACAGAAACCACCGGCGAAGCCAACUCCGUCGGCGGUGCAGUCCCCCUCCGGAUUGGCCACCGAGCGAGAGAAGCAGGACAAGAUCCAAUCCAAUCGCUUCAAGCGCCUGCAGAUCCAGUGGGAACUACUGAGCAAGGAAGGCCAACAGCUGAAGCAGGAGCUGCAGCAACCGCGGAGCGGUGGCAACACCCCCACUGGGUGUGCGAUGAAGUCUCGCAUUCCUCGGCCCGUCAGCUACCCGACGACACGGGCGAAUUCGGAUCCCAUGGUGAGCAAAACUUUGAGGUCACCGAGCCGAAUUGUACCGCCCAAGCGGUACAAUGCCGGAUCGUUGGGAACGGUAGCGGCGAUUGGUCAACAUGUGACGUCUCCGCCCACGCCGGCUCCACGGACGCCGAACAAGCCGCUGCAUACGACGCCAAAGAAGGCCGCCACCGUCGUUACGCCUAGGCCAGCAACACGCACACGGAUACCGGUAGGUUCUGGUCAAACCCAAGGUAAACCACGUCCCUCGUCGAAUGCAGCAGUAGCAGCGGCAACAGUGGCAGCAGUGCCAUCGAAGGUAACCCCCAAGAAACCCUCGGGUCAUAUGGCAACCGUCGCCAACAGUAGUCCAAAGGCAACCAUCCGGAAACCGGUUAGUGGUAGUAGUAAUAGUGGCGGUGCCGCUACCGCCGCUGCCGGAAAACCCAACAAAGGAGUCGUCAAAGUCUGAGAAACUGUAAGUACCAUCAUGCUUAGUUACUCCCAAGGAUUGCUCGUUGUCGGCGUCGUCUUCGUUAGAAGUAAUUGUACAGUAGUAGGGAUUAAGGUCACUAGGAUAAGUCUAAGAGCAAAGUGUGAGAGGUGAAGAAACUGUAAGGUCCGUAAGACUAAAAUUCUCCCCUUCUUUCAAAGUGUUGGUAGAACUGAAAAGCGAGUUAAAAGUGUGUAAAACUGUAUACAACUCAAGUAACUUUGUAUGUAUAAAAUUAGUUGAAAAUAUCAAAGAGAAGUGAACAAAUCGUACUGAAUCGCGAGAGAGCAUAACGAGCGCGAAGAAUAACAAUGAAAAAAAGAACAAAACACUAGAACACUGUAAACUGAAAGCACCCUAAUUUUUGGAUUGAUGUAUGUUUUUUCGCGAUAGCGAAAAAAAAAAGCAAACAAGAUGUGAAUAUUUUUUGGUUGAACCUACUAGCGCUUACGUUACGGCGGCAGUUUACAGUUAUUUCCCUAGCGAUAGCCGCCUAAAUUAUUUUUUUAAAUCUAAAAAUAACAUACACACUGAUAAAAACUUAUUCAACUCCGUCGCUUACCGCAAGCGUAACGGUUGAUCGUAGUAAGCUGUGCAUAUAGUCUCGCUCUCCCUCUCUUGUAAAAGUGUAUAAAAUCAAGCAAGCUUACCAACACACAUGCAUAAUCACGCUAUAGGGAAAAAAGUUGUUACAAAAACAGAUACAAAAAGCUUAAAAACCUAUAUCGCCAACCAUCACCGUUUGGAAGAAGAAGAAGAAGAAGAAAAGAUAACCAUCGCAUAUGGAUAGAAGAGCAGUAACGCAAUAUAACGCGCGCGCGUUACGUUUGAAUUUCAAUCUAUACAUACAUAUAGAGUGGCGUAACAGGCAGCAUACAUACACGCAAAACAACAAAGCUAAGUCAUUAGGUUUAAGUAUAUUACUGCAAUCGAAAGUUGUAAUGGAGAAGAAGAAGAAGAAGCUGAUGAGAGUGAGAUAUUAGCCAAGGUUAGGGAGCUAGGUAGGAGAGCGCAGGAGAAAAAGUUGGAAAACGGAACCUAUCGAAUGAAAGUUUGUCUGAUUUUAGAAAAUCUGAUUUUUUCUGUGUUGUUAUUGGGCUUUUAGUUUGUUUUUAAAAAUCUAUUCUUACUUUUAGUUUCUGUAGAGGAACAAAACGACUGGAAUUGCGAAAUUUGAUAUCCUAUGCUCGAAUCUGGAUAAUACUAUUGGCACAGACAAACAGACGUGUCACUUGGAAGAAAAUGCGAUAAAAAUCAUCGUCACGCAAACAUAAUCGCCCAAUGCUAAUUAUGCUGUGGUACGCAAACCUACUGAGUAGAUGGCGGUAGUGAGCAAACGUCAAACAGGAGCAAAAACGAUGCGAGCGCCAUGAGCGAGCGACUUGCGAUUUACGGAAUAUUUGAAUAAUCCGUUAAAAAGUGAAACGAUGGGAAGUAAGUAGAGUGAGACGUCUGUUUGUCUGUGCUAUUGGGUUUGAAUUGGAAUUGCGUUUAAUGUGUGCAUUUUGACAAAACAUCAUUUAUCGAUUGGAACUAAGCACAAUUAUCUUAAUAUUUCAGUUUAUUCUACCACCAAAAAGUGUUUGAUUUCUUCGUGGUUAUGAGGUUGUGGUUUGAAAGGUGGAAGGUCGUGAUGCAAUAAUCACCACCAUCACUAUCAACUAGUUACCUUAAGUGUUUCUUUGGAUAACGAGUCUCGAGGUUUCUCACCUCGAUAUGCGACACCGACUUUUGUCACGUCACUCCAUUCGCAGAAUGAGCACAAAUGCCAUUUAUGCCAAAACAGCUGUGCUCAGUUUACGAAAGGAGUGACGUGACAAAAGUCGGGGUCGUAUAUCGAGGUGAGAAAUCUCGACUCGAACGAGGUGAUUUGAUUUACACGGCGAGUCACUUCAUUCGAGUCAAGUUUUCUCACCUCGAUAUACGACUUGGACUUUUGUCACGUAACUCCAUUUGCAGAAUGAGCACAUAUGUUAAAAUAACCUGUUUUUCCUCGCACGCCCAUUCCCCGAAAGUCCUCUGGUAUGAUCGGGGCGUGUGGAUGCAGAAGGUCGAUAUUUUUGAACUUUGAUUACUCAAUUAGCGGCCCAAAAAUGGCCGUUAGUAUGUAGUUAUUUUCAUUCAAAUUGGUGAGAUUAUUUCAUACUACUUUCAUACUAGAUUAACUUUCUUGUUUUGCUUCAAGAUGCUUGUUGAGCUCCUAUCGGCCUUUCCUGUUGCGUGAUAUGGAUCAGACGUGCCAGACGUUUCCAGAUGGACCACUUCAGAGCGUCGAUUCUGGAGCUGUGUUAUGUAGUAACAAACUUGUGAGCUGCUUAGUCGUCGUUGCUUUUUCAACUAUUUUGUUUCUUCAAACUUCAGUGGUGUUCAGGAUGUUCUAGGAUGUCCGUAAAACCUCAAAUUAGCAUAAUAUCAACAUUUUUCCCUAAUAAAGGAGUAGAUUUGCAAUAACCUUGCCGAAGACAAAGUUUACUGAGACACCCUCUGGCCGUAAACAGUUGUUUUUAGAUAAAUUGGUGAGCUCGUUCCAUACUGUUUACUUCCGUCAAAACAUCAAUUCCCAUUUUGUUUUUGAAAUUCUUGACUGAUACCUAACAACUUGCUAGUAUUAAGAUCCAAUUAGAUCAAUGAAUUUUUUUUGAGCAAAAAUAUAUUUUUUUUGGAUUUCUUGCAAGUCGAGGUCGAUUAAGCCAAGGUUCGAGAUUCUCUCAAAAACAUCCGAGAAAUCAGACAAGUUCUGAAAGUUUUGCUGCAAUCGUUGAGUUUGUUUUUUACCAGAAUAUCAGAAGUUGACCGUAAAAUGACCCACACACGUACACUCGAAGAACUUUCCAUCCUUCUCCAUGCUACUGGGGAGCAUACUUCCGUUUGAAGUUUAUCAAAUGGUUGCACCAUUUGCUUUUGGUUGCUUUAUGAGAGUUGGAAAAUUGUCGAGAAGUCUUAGGUCUUUUACUGAUUGGCUUCUGGAAGCUCUGGGAUUUGAUAAUCCCUUCGAAAUUGAUGUUAGUUUUGGACAGCAACCAACAACGGGAAGGUUCAAGAAUUACGUGAUUUAUGAAGAUUUCAUGAAAUUAUCAUAAGCCAUAAGGUUUCGUGAGGCAGAGAUCCUACAAAAACUUCUACAAAACCAUCGAGUCUUCGGAACACAGACAAGAAAAAUAAUUCAAACUUUUUCCAAAACAUUACAGACUGAGGUCUCAUGGAAUAUACCAUAGAGUAGCGUAGAACACCCUAAAAUAUCUCACAUUAUUAUGGAAUGUCGAGGUAUGGCAUGGAGUGUUUAACACUAUAGAGAACCACAGAAUAUCAUGGAGUACCGUAGAACAUCAUGAAGUAUGAUUAAAUAUUAAGGAGUGCCAAGGAUUAUCAAUCAUAUAUGUAAUUUAAAAAUAUCGAUCUGAAGCUGUGUCCAGAGAUCCUUGCUGGCACAAUGACUGGUGGUAGUUUGAUUACACAUUUGGUGUUAAAAAUAGAUCAAUAUUUAGUUUAAAACAUUCAUCUUAGGCUUUCCAACUAGCGGUAAACAUAUUGUUUGUUAUUCUGCACACAUUGUUUGUGUUCAAUUCUCAUUACGAAAAAAAAAAAUACUUCCUAACGAUCAAACUCCUCCCCGAAAUGGGCAAACGAAAAGACGAAUGCAUUUGUGUAGUUUGUUUUGAUCCUCGUACAUCGAAUUUUAGUUAUUCCUUAGAAUUUACUUCACACCGAACUCCAGUAUGGUAUUGAAAGCGGGCAAUAGACAAGUGAUUCGUAUGACUCAGCUCUACCAGAAACCACCCGUUAGAAGUCUCAUUUUCGAGUCACUACAUCCUUUUGUCUGUUAGCCUCGCCACAGUUGAAUGCAUACCGAACAGCAGUAUAGCAGAGAGUAAUGCAAUGCAAUAGUAUCGUACUUGAAGGAAAUUCCAUUAGAUUUAAAUCGCUACGCCAAUACACACAACUUGAAGCUACUGCGGGCGACCGGGUCGUCGACCGCAGCAUUAUAGGGUGUGCCAUAAAGAAGUCUGAAUCCUUUCCGAGGUUUGCUUUUAUCGAUCCUCCUAGGUUUGUUCGAAACUUGCUUUGAUUUCACCAUGAAAAUUACUAUACGGAUAAUGACGAAAAAAUGGGAGUGACUGACGACGAGUUCCAACUCAGAGUGUAAAUGUAAGUACCCGGAAUGCGACUGUAGCAGAGUAAAUUAUUAGAACGCGGAGUGCACGUUUUUGCAAAAACCACCGCUUCAGAAAUUGUUAUGCGCUUCUUUAUUUUUGGUUUUGCGUGUAUCGUAAACAUUUCAUGAUCAUUGAAAUCUAAAACGUAAACAAAAAGUGUUUGGCUGUUGAAAGCUUGACGUUUUUGGCGACUUGUGCUUACACCAACUACAUUCCCAUUCUGUACACACAAAAGUAAUGUUUGAAGUUGUAACUCACUGUUUAUUCAUGACACACUGACGCAAAUUUAUGAACAAGUAAACACGGUAAAUCAAAGCAUGAAAGCAGCCUAUGUAAUUUAUACAGAAAACGAUCAAUUCUCUACUACUAAAUGAAAGUAUAUGUAAAACAGUUGACGGGCAAUAGGGGAUUAUUUACUUUAUAUCGAACGAAACAAACAAUAACCUUAAAUGUCUGUUUUGAUUUCCAAUCCAUUGUUUUCUGUGCUAUCAUCCAUAUUGUUUUCUUCCAAAACUCACACACACAAAAAAAAUCUCGAAACGACCAAAAACUUUCCGAAACAAUUCGAAACGCUUUCCAAACAAAAGCUUAAACUUAAAGCUGCUUAAUCGAGUGUCAAUCAACUUAUUUACGCUACCUAUUAGCAAUUAGUGCAAAUUGGAUCGCCCAAUAGAUCACCUUUUCGCAUUCGAACAAACAAUAAAAGAAUCAUAAUGUAUAGCUAAUAUCAUUGUAAACGCCUCAACUCAACACAUACACGCUAUUGUAUAGUAUUGUGGAACGCUUUUUGCGAUUGUUUGUUUAUAUAUUUUUGAAAUCAUUUCGCAAGUUUGCUUCAGCAGAAAUAUUGAAAAACUCCAUUCAAAUGUGUAAUGAUUGAUUAUAUAAAGCAAAAAAAGUAUAUUAUUAUAGUAUAUAUCUAUAUACAACAAACAACACGCCCACACUGAUACUCACUCACACACAGCAGACAGACAGACACGCAAUACACACAACAAUAACAAAGGCAAACAUAUUGCAUUAUAUACACCCCUGGCGGAACAUAAUGGUUAGACAAAAUGGAAAACAAACCAAGAAAAAUAAUUGCUGAAAAAUUAAUAAAAACCAAACGGAGAUAUUAUUGUCUAUAAAA